GCGUGUGUGUGUGUUGCCAGUGAGCGGCUGGCAGCCAAUCGUAAGUUAGCCUGGUUCGGACGGACUCGUCGCACGCUCCUCCACUCCCUCCGCGUGCUGUCCUUGCCGUGCACGCGCGUGGUACCCACGGUCGUGAGGAGGCGGAGGAGGAGGAGGAUGUUGCGCGUGAAGGGGAAAUGGCUGCCGAAAACAAGCCGGAAGGACUGAAGAAAGUUCGUAAUCCGGAUCGAAUGUACAGAUCAGCCGUGUGUUAUGCUGGCCACGGUCCACCAAAGAGUAUCAGUGAUGACACAGAGACUAACAAUGAUCAUGGACAUUUGAAAAUAUACCUGCCCAAGAAGCUGCUUGAGUGUCUACCCAAAUGCACCUCCCUGCCCAAGGAGAGACACCGCUGGAACACCAAUGAGGAGAUCGCAGCUUACUUGAUAACAUUUGAAAAGCAUGAAGAAUGGCUAACAACGUCCCCUAAAACAAGGCCGCAGAAUGGGUCGAUGAUAUUGUACAAUAGGAAGAAGGUCAAGUACAGAAAGGAUGGCUACUGCUGGAAGAAGAGGAAAGACGGGAAGACCACACGGGAGGAUCACAUGAAGCUGAAAGUGCAAGGAGUUGAGUGUCUCUACGGCUGCUAUGUCCACUCGUCCAUCAUCCCCACCUUCCACCGUAGGUGCUACUGGCUGCUCCAGAAUCCUGACAUUGUGCUCGUCCACUAUUUGAAUGUGCCGGCCAUUGAGGAUUGUGGCAAACCAUGCGGUCCGAUCCUGUGUUCCAUCAAUACGGACAAGAAGGAGUGGGCCAAAUGGACCAAGGAGGAACUGAUCGGCCAGCUGAAACCCAUGUUUCAUGGCAUCAAGUGGACUUGCAGCAACGGGAACAGCAGCUCUGGCUUCUCAGUGGAGCAGCUAGUGCAACAGAUACUGGACAGCCACCAAACUAAGCCACCUCCCCGGACUCACAACUGCCUCUGCACUGGCACGCUGGGUGCUGGUAGCAGCGUGCACCACAAAUGCAACAGCGCCAAACAUCGCAUCAUCUCCCCGAAGGUGGACCCCCGUACAGGAUCCUACAGCAGCGCUCAUUCAGAACUGCAAAACAACGACGUGUCCGAGGGGAAAACUGAGAACAGCGGCCAUGGCGGGGGAGGAGGAGGAGGAGGAGGAGGCAGUGCCAGGGAGAAACGCAACGGUAAAGUCCACAAGCCCAUCUUGCUACACCAGAACAGCACCGAGGUGUCAUCCACCAACCAGGUUGAGGUUCCGGACACGACCCAGAACUCCCCCGUGUCCAUCAGCAGUGGCCUCAACAGCGACCCAGACAUGGCUGACAGCCCUGCGGUGACAGGAAUGAGUCACGUGGCCUCCGUCAUGUCCGGCCUUACCCAGGGCGUUUUCAUGUCAGAAGUGGCCGGAGACCCCGUCUACAGCAUGUCUCCGACUGGUGGCCCCAACGCUCACCUCAUGGGUGCUGAUGCCAGCUCGCAGGCUUUGGUGCUCUCCGUGACCUCUGAUCGUCACAAGUUCGCGUUUGCCAGCGGAGCAGUGGGGGAACCCGGGAGCACGGGCGACAGUCUUUCCAUGUUGUCCGCAGCUGGGGUUUCGGAGGAACUGGCUCUCUCAAGCAGUCUGGACUCUGGAACCAUCAAGAUCCCAGAGACCAACAUGAACUUUGACCCUGACUGCUUCCUGAACAACCCCAAACAAGGCCAAACCUAUGGAGGCAGUGCAAUGAAGACAGAAGGAAGCUGCGCCUCAUCCUCCUGCGGGGUCAGCGGUGGUGUCACCGACGACGCUCUGCAGAGCUCUCCCGCCAUGCCAGACAAUGGCUACAGCUUCGGAUCAGCUUUAGUGAAGAACAUCAAGACUGAAGACACCUCCUUUGAGCAGCAGCUGGCCAAGGAGAGUGGCUACCAGGUGGGGGCAGUAGUGAACUGUGGUGGCGGCGUGUCGGUGCCACCUGCUACCAGUUCAGGUCAGGGCAGCCUAACACUGAACCCAGCAGGAUCCUUGCUUCCUUCUGGUGGUGGUUUAAGUCCCAGCACCACCCUGGAGCAAAUGGAUUUCAGUGCUAUCAAUGCCAAGCAGGACUAUGCAUCCGGCGCUUCUGCCGUGAGCUAUGGUCAGGCCAUUUCUAGUCCUCGCAUGCCACACCAGAACCGUUCUCCCAGUUUCUUCCUUCAGGAUGCUUCUCAGUCCAGCCAGGCACAACAGGGAAGGGCCAGCAUGGGCCAGAAAACACACAUGAUGGAGCACAACACCCAGGAAACUGGAGCCUAUAUGGCGCUGCAUGUGGUGAAGGCUGAAUCUCCUACUAGUAAUGGUCACCUACACCACCACCAACAGACCCAACAUAGGGCCAGCUGUAAUGGAGGCUCACCAACAGACAGCGGUAGCCAGACUGGAUCCCUGCAGCUGCUCCAGUACCGGGGGACUUUUGCUGGGCUCGGCAAUGAACACGAGGAGGUGGUGGUUCUGGAGCAGCCGGCCGGUGUGAGUUCUGGCCAGGCUAGAGCGCCCGAGAAUGGAGCCGAGAAUCUACUCAAGCCAGGAGAUCAAUUGCAGUCCUGUGUGGCAGGAAACGGAGAAGGAGGCGCCACUGAGCACUAUAUUCAGACAUCAGAUGGCGGUGGAGUAGGAGGAGGAGGUGGAGGAGUAGGAGGAGGAGGAGGAAAUGGUGGUGCGGCCGAAGGCAUGGCACUUCCCAAUGGAAAUGGAGACGAUGGCUGCGAUCAUAUGCCACAGCAACAGCAGCUGCAGCCACUCCUCCAGGGAGCAGGCAUGGUCCAGGGACUCUUCAACGCUGUUGCAAGCCACCAAGGCUUGGGGGGAGCCGCCAAUAACGGAGGAGCAGGGGGCACUGGCAUGGAGAUCAGCCUAGAUCACUUUGACAUCUCUUUCGGAAACCAGUUCUCGGACCUAAUUAACGACUUCAUAUCAGUGGAUGGCAGUGGAACGGCCAUGUCUGCCGGAGGAAGCCUCUAUGCUCACCAGCUUGUCACUUCACACAGCUCGGAGAGUCCAAACACUGCCGGCGGGGGUCCCCAAGAGAGGCACGAGGAUGCCAGGGGGUCUGGCUACAACCCAUCAGAGCUCUGCCUUCAGCCAUGCUGCAGCCCCCAGUCUCUGAGCGGGGGUGCUGGUGCAGCGGGGAACACUGGAGAGGCGGCGUCGCUGUCCUACAUGAAUGUAGCCGACGUGGUCUCUGCUGCCGCUGCGCACGGCGCGCUGGGCAUGCUCCAGGCCACUGGGCGGCUCUUCAUGGUCACUGACUACUCUCCUGAGUGGUCCUAUCCUGAGGGCGGUGUGAAAGUGCUAAUCACGGGCUCCUGGCAAGAAGCUGCCUCAAACUACAGCUGCUUGUUUGACCAGAUUUCAGUUCCAGCCUCUCUCAUCCAGCCGGGAGUGCUGCGUUGCUAUUGCCCAGCUCAUGACACAGGUCUGGUGACGCUCCAGGUGGCCGUUAGCAAUCAGAUCAUCUCCAACUCUGUGGUUUUUGAGUACAAGGCCCGUGCGCUUCCCUCGCUGCCCUCUGCUCAGCACGACUGGCUCUCACUGGAUGAUAACCAGUUCCGAAUGUCUAUCCUGGAGCGCUUGGAGCAGAUGGAGAGGAGGAUGGCGGAGAUGGCCAGCCACCAGCAGCCGACCACCGUAGCGAGUGGUGGGGCUGCAGGAGGAGGAGGAGGAGGAGGAAGUGGCGGAGGAGCGGGGGCAGGUGGAGGUGCAGGAGGUGGAGACAGCAACAGCCAGACACAGUGUGCGACAGGCCCAGCGCAGGCCAGUAGCUCCUUUGAGAGCCGUGUGGUUGUGGUUUGCGAGAAGAUGAUGAGCAGAGCUUGUUGGGCCAAGUCCAAACAUUUAAUCCACUCCAAGACUUUCCGAGGCAUGACGCUCCUUCACCUGGCUGCUGGCCAGGGCUACGCCACCCUCAUCCGGACGCUCAUCAAGUGGCGCGCCAAACAUGCUGAUAGCAUUGAUCUGGAGUUAGAAGUGGACCCUCUCAAUGUGGAUCACUUCUCCUGCACACCUCUGAUGUGGGCGUGUGCACUGGGUCACCUGGAGGCAGCCGCGGUCCUGUACAAGUGGGAUCGACGGGCCCUUGCAAUUCCAGAUUCUUUGGGCCGUCUACCUCUUUCCAUCGCCCGCUCUCGGGGCCAUACCAAAUUGGCGGAAUGUCUGGAGCAGCUGCAGCGGGAGGAGCGUCAGCCACCAGCGCCGCUACCCCCCACAACUCGCACGUCUUUCUCCCCAACGCUCGACACUCCCGCUGCAGACAGCUGGAUGCUCAGCUGGGCGAAUGAGAACGCAGUAACUCCCGGCGGUGGCAAGAGAGGAGGUCCUGCUACGACGACAACUACGUCCACCGACACCAGCCACAAUCCAGACUUGAGAAGGCCCAGGUCAGAACCUUCAAGUUACUACAGCAGCGAGGGCCAAAGAGACCUACCGCUAGCUAAAAAGCAUAAACCCAACCCACAGCAAUUUCAGACGCGGCCCGACAAGGCCGCGUCUGUUCCUCUUAGCCUGCAGCAGCAGCAGCAGCUGCUCCACAAGCUUUCCUCUAGCCCCAAGAGCCAGUCCUCGGAGAGCCUGGACACGAGUCUGUCGACAGGGGGCAGCACGGGGACAGCCAGGUGGACCUCCAGGGAGGAGACUUUUUCUGGUAGCAACAUGGGGAGGAAGGGUCUGGGGGUCGACGAGAGUGGCAUUUUGGGGAAGGAGAAGCCCGUCAGCCGCUUACGCCAGCGGGAACAACUCAGCAUGCUGGUCAUGGCGGAGAGAAGCGUGGCUGACGCAGAAAUGUUAUCCUAUCAGGAUGAUCUGGAGAAUCAAGACUGUCUCACACAGAUGGAUAACCUACAGGCAAAUAUGAUGACUCUGGCCGAGCAGAUCAUCGAGGCAACACCGGAGAGGAUCAAGAGGGAGCAUUUUUCUUCUGCUGACUCUUUGCCGGGAGACACAUCAGGGGUCAACAGCACCAUGAACUGGCUAGCCAACUACCUGGGAGAUGUAGAGCAGCUGCCCAGCAUCUUACACCUACGAUCCCUGCACAACGAUCCUGUGACCUCCUCGUCCAACCCCAGCCUAAGUCCUGGGCUUACCCCGCUGGGAGAGGGGCCCUUGGAGAGGCCCGCACUUCCAUCCCCGGCAGACUGGAGCGACUUCAUCAAUGCCUCCAACAGCAAAGUGGAGAGAGACCUGGCCCAGCUUACUCUGUCCGAUCCAGAGCAAAGAGAGCUAUACGAAGCUGCCCGUCUCGUUCAGACUGCCUUCCGCAAGUACAAGGGGCGGCCGCUUCGAGAACAACAGCAAGUAGCCACUGCUGUUAUUCAGCGUUGUUACAAGAAAUACAAACAGCUUACAUGGAUAGCCUUGAAGUAUGCACUUUAUAAGAAGAUGACGCAGGCCGCCAUCCUUAUCCAGAGUAAAUUCCGCAGCUACUACGAGCAGAAGAAGUUCCAGCAGAGCAGAAGGGCCGCCGUGCUCAUUCAGCAAUACUACCGCAGCUACAAGGAGUUUGGCAGGCUCAAGCCCCGGCACCGCGAAGCGGCUGCUGCCCUGAUGCAGCACAAAAUGAGAGGUAGUCUGCUCACAAAGAGGCAAGAUCAGGCCGCCCGGAAGAUCAUGAGGUUUCUGCGUCGCUGCCGCCACAGCCCCUUGAUGGACCAUAGACUGUUCAAGCGGGGUGAAAGAAUCGAAAAGGGCCAGGGAACAUGAGCAUGCUCACAAGCCCGCCCUCCCAAUGUGACGUCUCUCCGCCAGCGGCUCCUUUUUAAUUGGUCUUUUUUUUUUUUCCUUUGGACCCACCAUUGAACAACAGAAGCAGAUGGAAAAAUAGCAUCAGUGCAAAGUGCAAUGCCCCCCCCCCCACACACACACACACAAACAGUUUCACUUGGAGAGUUGCAACUUUAUGGGAUUCUAAACUUGUGGGGGUGAGGACACUGCAGCAUUUCUCUUCAUGGCAUUUUUUUUUGUUUAAAUUGUUUGCACUUUUUCCUGGACAUAAUGAAAGAAGAGAGCGAUGGACAAGCCUGACAAAGUCAAUCAAAGUGAAGCUAAAACUAGGCUGCUGCUGCUGCUGCUGAAUAUCUGACACCAUGAGGGAGACCAUGCUGGAAGACUCUUCAUUGUAUUCCAGCAAUUUUUCAAGUGACCAAUGUUUUUUUUUGGUUGUUGUUGUUGUUUUUACACCCAAAACAUCAGCCACAUGGAUAGCACACACAGUCUGAUGGCAUCCCAGAGCAUUGCGCCCCGUCUCUCGGCCCAGCCAGCCAGAGCGCCAAGUGAAUGUAAUCGACUCGGUGCACGAGCAAACGGGGGAUUCAAUAGUUGCCUGUUGUUACUUGAUGACUUGAAUUUGUUCCAUGCUGUUUGUCCCUUCAUGUCUAAUGUAUUACCGGGUUCUGUGCUGUAAAAUCCAAUCCCCCCCCCCAAAAAAAUGCAUGACUUAUGGCUAAGUGAAGUCUUUGCUAAUGUUUUAUGGUCACAGCAGGCUGAGCCUUCAUUGUCUUUGUUACUCACUUUGGCUGUUUUUUGUUUUGUUGUUGUUGUAACACACGGGCUCCUGGUCAGGUUCCGCUUUUUAUUCAGUGAACUCCCGAGCCUGCCAGGCAGGGCUUUUGAGGGGAAGAUCACAUACAUUGCCUUGACAUCUUAGAGGUUCUUUCAGGGGUCGCUAAGGUUGUCCCAAAAUAGGGGUUUGACAAAUCCAUAUUUUUGAGAAUUGAGCAAACAUUUCUGUAUAUAACGAAGGCUGAAAGUAUGUAGGAAUAUAAAACACAGACGCGCGCACACACACACACACACACACACACACACACACACACACACACACACACACUACGCACACAUUAACCCAAAAGGGAUUGUAUUUUAGAAAUAUAUAUUAUUUUAUCCAAAAAAAAAAAUGGGCCACAGAGGUAUGAGACAAAAAAAUAAUAUUUGUAUAGUUUUCUUUGAAUGCCUAAGAAGUACAGAUGUAUUGUUUGUACAUAGUGUAUAUAACUGGGAUAAAUAUGAGUAUUAUGUGCAUGUAAAGUAAGAAGAGUCAAGGGGGUGGGGGUAGGGAGCACAACAAAGCAGUAGUGGCUGUGCUCUGUCAGAGGAAAACAAUUUCACUAUUGGAGUGUCUUAUUUUGAUUGUCCUGUUCAAAAAAAAAGAAACAUUUUGCUCAAGCAUGUGAUUAAUGCCACAUGGAAAGUCAAAUGAAAACUCUGUCUGUAGUGUUCGGGAAAGUCGGUCAAAAUCACCCAAGUAUGUUUAUGUUCCUGUUUUUUUCCUUGGAUUUAUGUUGGGCUACCCAGAAUCCUUUGCCAAUGGUGACGAGGAGCGUCAAUGCUGCACAGCUUAGGAAAACAUCAUUUGACAAGGCAGGCAAACAUAGCGGCCAAUACCUGUACUCGAGUCUCUCUCUCUACAUUUACGGCUGACUGAUCAUCCCCAGGAUACCGAUAACAGUAAGAGGCAAUCACGUUUCAGAAGAAGGCAUUACAUCACCAUCACGAUGACUCCUUAGCAGAGUUCACUUUGCAAAAGCUGUGGCGUUUUUCCAAGAUUGUGAUUGUCAGCCUUGAGCAGGCAGGUUCUUUCGCCCGCAAGCCAAAAGUCUCUUUCAAUGUGGCACGCAGUUGCUGCUUCGUAUUGAAUGACGACAUCCCCCUCACAUUCAGUAUUUCCUUCUUGAUCAAGGCUGCCAAGUUCCAAAGUGAACUUGUGCUGUGUUUUGUGUGAUGAGGUCAAUGUUUCAAGCCGAAACACGUUAGUUAGUAUUACGGUGCAUGGCUGCAUUUCCUUCCCAAGCAGCCCAAGGUGCUACUUUUACUGGAUCCACAAGCGAAAAUUAAAAAUUGACACUCACUGUGUGCAAAACUACAGUCAAUGGGUGUAUUUUGCAUCUUAGUUUGAAUCGGCUGCCUCUGGUCGUGUUUGUUCAACAAUAAUUGGGCAAAAUUGCUGUGUCUGUCUUUCACUUGCCUGUCCCUAAUUGUGUUUUGUCUGUGUUUAUGUUGGACGUGCCUCUUCACCCAAGGUCAAACAAAUCUAAAAAAAUGUCAAUUUGAGUUACGGACAGAUCAACAUUGUUACCUUCCAUUGGCCAUGCCCUAGCUCAUAUGAGAGACUCUCGUGGCACCAGCGGCCGUCCAUGCAGCUUGUCAACAUGCAACUUUCUCCACUUCUUUUUUUUUUUUGGUUCUUUCCUUUGUCCUUUCAUUCCUUUUGUCCGUUGCUUCUGCCUGGCACAGGGUUCUCAAAUCCCAUUCGGAAAUGCCACUACUGGCGUUUGUUGCAAUGCAUAAUCAACCUCAGGCGUGCAGGUGGGAUGCAUAGCCAAUGCAAAGUUGCUAAAAGGGGGGGGGGGGCGGUUAAUUACGCUUGCAUGGGUAAAAUAGUUACCUGGCUGAUAGAAGUGCACCUGAUGCAUGCUUUCUUUCCUUGAAUCAGUAGUCGGACAAACUUAUGUCCAACAGGUUUGAUGCGCCACUGACAGGCCAGAGAGCACAUGCUCAACAAGCAGUUUGAAUAAACAGUAGCUGCUUAUGUUUUCAUGGCAAAGCAUGAGGACUCUUUUUCAGCCAGCUCGAAAGGAGCUUUUUUUUUUUUUUUUUUUUUUUUUUUGCUUUCUUUAAUUGAGAUUUGUCAUUCCUUUCAGUCGAGUCUGUGUGCUUCAAAUUUGAAUGAGCUGAUUCGCCAAACAACGCAGAAGACGUCGUCGCAAACAUGUCAUCGAGCAGCAUUGCUCUGCUCCUUUGUCCCCCUUCUGUCUUUUACUCAGGGUGCCAAAAUGGGGAGGAGGAAAGAGAGCAAAGCAGAAUUGGAUGAAUUGGAAUCACCCAAGUCGGUAUGUUUCUUUUUGCAACGGUGGCCUGUCAAAUGGGGUGGCCCAGCCGAUUAGCAUAAAACACAACAGAGAAGCUCUGUGGAAUGAGCCUCUUUUUACUGAAUAACACCCAACUAUCAGCCUUUCCUCCUCCUCUUUUUGCCACCACCCGUGCCAGAGAGAGGUUCAGCCCAGACACAUCGGGACAGCAAGAAGUCUCGCGACAUCUUCCACUCGUUAACACAGAGCGAUGCGUUCGGAACGAUGGGCCGACUGACUCUUAUGCAAGAAAAGCAUUCGGUAGUUUACGGAGGCAAACGAAAUGGCAACCUGUACCCAACUGCACGUUUUCACCCACUUCCAAAGGAGAAAAAUAAAAAGGCCCGACUCCGAUAGAAAGCUAUGGGCCCUCUACACUCUGCAUGUGAUGAACUAGUGUUAGAUCUCCUUUCCUCUCCUCUAUAACGCUCUUUUUCUGUCUCCCCUGUUACAAAAUGUGACUUUUCUCCUGCCCUCUAAUGUUCCAGCUCCCAUCGGUUCUCCGAAUGUGUUUUUGCUUCCUUCUUGCUUUUUGCCCUCUCCUCUAUCUCUUACCUUGUUUGUAGCUUUUGUUUUUGUAACUGUGCAUGUACAAGCGUCACUGACUCGAUGGAUAUGUUUAAAAAAAAAA